UAAAUGCCAAAGAAGUCCGUUGGGGGUGGAAGUCGCGCAUGGGGAAAUCUUAUCCUUCCUCCAGCUCGGCGAAAAGAGUAAAUUGUCGAGCCCUCUCCAAACGUUUAUCGCUCCGAAGCGAAGGUCCACUCUUCUUCCAUCUUUCGACGCCGCUCUACACUUCCGUUAGUUUAGCUCUGUAAAGAAUUCGAAUUCCGACUGUGUUCAAGCUCAAAUGGAAAACUACCUCAAUACCUUCUUGCCCACGAAAUCCUUCCCAAUUUUCAGUUCCCCGCCUGCAAAAUGUGUUUUUGAGGUUUGUAAUUCUAAAUCUAAGGCCUUCUUUAGUAGAAGAACUAGGGUUUAUACUUGCAAAAUGGAAAACAGUUCUAUGUAUUUGAGGGAGGUUGAGGAAAAAAAACAGCCUUCUCCCAGUUGGGAAUUAGAGUUCUUGGGAAAGGCCUCUUCAGCGAGUUCUCAGCAAACCCAUCAGAAGCAGCACGAGAAAUCCAGGCUGCUUAAGGACACUGAAAGCAUGGAUUGGUGUGUUAGGGCUAGGAGGGUUGCGUUGAGGACAAUUGAAGCGAGGGGCUUGACGUCAUCCAUGGAGAAAAUGGUAACGUCGAGGAGUAAGAAGAAGAAGAACAAGAAGAAGGUUAAGGGGAUCAAGGAGAAAGUGAACAAGAAGAAAUUUUUGGAAGAUUUAAAUGAUUCUUUGGAAGGCAUGGAUUCGGAGGAUGAAAUAGAGGAAGAUAACAGCGACCUUCUUACUAGAGUGAGCAUGUUUGCUGAUGGGAUGUUUGAAGAAAGGAAAGAGAAAGCCAAGGAGGCUUUUAUUGAGAAAUUGUCGAAGUUUUCAGGACCUUCUGAUAGAAAGAAAGAGAUUUGUCUCAACAAAGACAUUGUUGAUGCUCAAACUGCAGAGGAAGUUCUUGAGGUAGCAGCAGAAGCUAUAUCAGCUGUGGCAAAAGGAUUGCAUCCUUCUCCUCUAACUCCUAUCAAUAUUGCAACUGCUAUUCACCGCAUAGCCAAGAACAUGGAAAAGGUCUCCAUGAUGAGAACUCGCAGGCUGGCAUUUGCCCGCCAAAGAGAGAUGUGUAUGCUUGUAGGUAUUGCAAUGGUUGCAUUGCCUGAGUGUUCUGCUCAGGGGAUAUCAAACAUUGCGUGGGCAUUAUCGAAGAUUGGCGGGGAGCUACUCUAUGUUUCAGAGAUGGAUAGAAUUGCUGAGGUGGGAGCUCUUAAGAUUGGGGACUUCAAUGCACAAAAUUUGGCAAAUGUAGCUGGUGCUUUUGCAUCAAUGCAGCACUCGGCUCCUGAACUCUUCUUGAGAUUAGCUGCUAGAGCAGCUGAAGUAGUUUGCACUUUCAAGGAACAAGAGCUUGCUCAAUUAUUAUGGGCAUUUGCAUCUUUGAAUGAGUGUGCUGACCCUUUGUUGGAUUCGCUAGAUGAAGUUAUCAAGGAGUCAGUCAAUCUUGUGGUAUUCGAAGAAGCAAGGUUAAAUUUGCGAUAUAAUAUGGACGAUAAGACUGAUGAGGUUGCUGAGAAUACCAACAAAAAUGUUGGAGAAGAGAAUUUAAGUACCUUUGAGCUUCACUUCAGCAGAGAUCAGCUUGGGAACAUAGCUUGGUCAUAUGCUGUUCUUGGAAGGAUGAAUAGUUUAUUCUUCUCUCAUGUGUGGACAACUCUGAGCCGACAUGAGGAGCAGAGGCUUUCAGAACAAUACAGGGAAGAUAUCAUCUUUGCAUCACAAGUUCAUCUAGUAAAUCAGUUAUUGAAGCUCGAGUACCCUGAAAUUGGUUUAUCAUUGAAAAAGGAUAUUGAAGAGAAAAUAUCACAAGCAGGAAAGACUAAGCGUUUCAAUCAGAAAACAACUUCUUCAUUCCAAAAAGAGGUAGCAAGGCUUCUUGUCAGCACUGGACUUGACUGGGUCAGAGAAUAUCCUGUUGAUGGUUACACUUUGGAUGCUGUAUUGGUUGAUAAGAAGCUUGCUUUUGAGAUUGAUGGUCCAUCACAUUUCUCAAGGAAUUUAGGGGUUCCUUUAGGUCACACAGUACUCAAACAACGAUAUAUAUCGUCUGCCGGUUGGAAACUAGUCUCUUUGUCAUAUUUAGAGUGGGAGGAACUCAAAGGCGGCUUUGAGCAGUUGGAGCAUCUAAGAAAAAUCCUUGGCAUACAUUUACACGGCAGUUCAGAAGACCAACCAGAAAAUAAGGCUAAGUCAUGAUAUCGCAUUCUUCAUCAAUAUUCAACAUAUGACUUUGUAAGUUCUAAACUAUUCCACCAUUCUUGAAAAAAAGGCAAGUUGUUCAGAUGGAA